AUCACCUGAUUGGACAUGAAGUGAACCAGCUAUGGCGUGGAGGAUAUAUUUACACACUAUAUGUGUAGUGCACAUAUAUAAGGGAGUAUGGAGUCAUUAGGGAUUCUGCCGUCAUCUCUUGUUUCUGUUAUUCAUUAACAAGAUAAACUAUUCACAGCACACGGCUUAAAGGACGCGUUUAUCCGUAUGCUAUAAUUCAAAUGAAACACUUCCACACUGAUUUUUAUUGCACUUUAAAUUCCAGUGACACAACAAUACUUAUCCACACAGCAACCUUAUGUAAAUAUGUAAAAGUAAAUGUCAGCACUGUUAGGAAUUAGAAUAGGACAUUUCUUUUACAUUUGUGUUAUGUAAAAGCUGUAUUUGAAAGUUUACUACGUUCGAAUAAAAAAUGGCGAGCUAGGAGCGCCAUCUUGUGGUAAAGCUGAGAGUCUCAACGCGCUGAAGUCGCUCCAGUCCGACAGGCGGCGCUAAAGCGCUGUGUUUUUAAGAAAACACUCACGUCGCGGAGGCGGAAGUGGGAUUUAACAACAUGACAAGCUAGGAUGCUAGAUGGUAGUUAGCUACACAGCUUUAUUAGCUAUCAGUGCGUAAUUUGACUUGUAAUUUAGACUAAACAAGCGUAUUAUCCUGCGUAGCUUAAUGUCUUUAGAGGCACACAUGCAGUGCUGAAACCGUGACUGUUAAAUGUAAAUGUUUAGUGAAGUGUCUAUUGAAUUAGCCUUCUUCAUUAAAAUAAACGUAAGCAAAGCAAAUCUUAGCCAAACAACUGUAUAUUUACUCGUGUGUUCGUAUUUUCAUCUAGUUUACCUCAUUUCUUCUUUCUCUGCAGGAAGAAAAACUUCCUAUCAAAUCCUGUCUACACUUAUAUUUAAGUUUUCAUUCAUUUAUUUCCCUUGGUUAUUAAAAUUUCUCUUUAGGUCUCUUUAGAAAUCAUUUAUGGCCACGGAAACUAACACAGAAGAACAAGUGAGGAGUGAAACCUCAUGGAUAUCAGUGAGUCCUAGUGGGCUUUGGGAGGUACACAGAAGGUGGAAGGGGGAGAGAAAGAGAGGAGACAACACUCCUCUAUUAGGGUCCAUAUGCAAAAUCAGAGUGUGUCCGAAGAACCACACAGAAGAUAAUCCCCAGCCUCUGAGCUCGAAUGAGACUGUUAGUGCAGUUAGUGACAGUUGUGUGCAGGUUACAGAGUAUCCUCGCUCCCAGGAUUCAGUGCUGCAGGUUCCUCUGGACAGCUGGACGAUGCUGCGUAUGGGAGAGGGACAGUGUGACAUUAUAGAGGGCUGUCUGGAGGGAAUGAGGGCUGGAGAGACCUGUGAGUUCACAGUAAGGCCCCAUCAAAGACAUCUGAAAAUGGCACCCAGUGAUAUUCAUGCCACCCAGUUCGAGGGGACUGGAGAGGAGAGACAGAUGGAAACUGAGUGUUUUUCUCUGCAGCUCCACUCAUUCACCCCAGGGAAGGAGUCCUGGCAGAUGCUUCCUACAGAGAAGUGGACCUGGGUGCUGUCUCAUAAGCAGCGGGGCAGCCAGCGCUUCGGCAAGGGAGACAUUUGGGGAGCAAUGCAUUCUUACUGCUCUGCUGUUAAGCUGCUCAUCACUUUAAAGGGACAUACAAGAGGGAAAGAUGGCAUUCCAAAUGUUGAUGGAAGCAGGGCCUGUGACUUAGAAACACGAGCAGUAAAUAGAGAGACAGAAGCCAAAAGCACCCACAUCCAGACUGAGGAGGAGUACAGGACUAUGAAAGCAGAACUCCAUUCGAAUCUUUCCCUGUGCCAGCUCAGGCUUGGCCAGCCCGCAAAAGCCAAGGACAGCAGCAGCAAAGCCGCUGCACUGGAUCCAGCGAACAUUAAAGCCUGGUAUCGCCUUGGCCAAGCCUGUCUGCAGUUGGAAGACUUUGCAGAAGCACGCCAAGCUUUUGGCAAAGUCCUAGAACUCCAGCCAGGUUCUGCCUCUGCCCAAAAUGCCUUGAAACAAGUAAAUGCAAAAGCAAAAGAGUUUGACAAUAAGCUUGGGCAAAGGCUAAGCAAAAUGUUUACCUAAGGAUUUGCAGACAAACCAGUAUCUGGAUAAAUGUAUCAAUAUAUUAGAAACAAAUGUGAACAUAUUAUCAGCCUACAGUGUAUACUUAAAUGUAGCAUAUCAAAAAUAUACAACACUUUAAUAUCCCAAGAAUCUUAUGCAGUGAUGUGAAACUGUUUUAAACAGGGGAUAUAUUACAAGAAAUAUUGCGCUAUGCAUGGUGGUUGUAUUAUGGUUGUAUGCUGAACAAAUACCAAUUAAACUAUUUAUAAACAUGCAA